AUUAUAGAUCGUCUAAAAUGGGCUUAGGUUACUCCCACCGCUAGACGGGGGGUAAGAACGAGAGAGAGAGAGAAGGGGAAUAGAGAGAGGGGGAGUGAGAGAGAGCGAGCGAGUGCAGAGGAGGGGGAAGCGGAGAGCGCGCGCGUGUCGACGCGUUGGUUGCUCAGCUGUUUUGAAGAGUCGACGACGCAGCGAGCGACUGGCCGUGACUCGGCGCGAGACCACUGCAUCCACGUCCAAACGCAGCAACAAACAGAUGUGGAGUGACCGUCCGGAUCUCUGACAUUGACGUACCUCGGCCACGAGUGUGUCGUCGCGCGGUGAUCACGAUCACGCACGGUCGGCGGGCGAGCGAGCCGAGCACGGGUGUAGCACACGGGUUAUACCCCCCUUUGCGUGAACGCGACACGGAGGCGCGACGGCGAGGAAGAGGCGCAUAGCAGCAGCAGCACCGAGCCGAGUUCCGGACGGAAAGCGCAGAGCGAACGGGCCAGGAGCGGGACUAGAAGCAGCCUUACGCACGAUCGCCAUGAGUGAGCUGAGCCAGGAAGAGAUGAGGAGAAGGCGAUUGGCUCGCUUGGAAGGCUUGAACAAUAGUAAUGCAGCUGCCAGUUCGUCUACCGCUAUUGCUCCUACUUCCCCGAAUACUCCAGAGUCAUCAAAAGCAUUUACUGGAUCGAUAUCUCCGUCUAUUCAGCAACAAUUACAGCGCACCGAGACACCAAUGGAGGUUGAAGAGAGCAAUGAUAAACAAUGUAAUAUUACUGAAAUGGAUAAUUCAGGAAUUGAAAACAUGGAAGUCGACGAGUUGGAUAGGAAAGAUUCAAUAUCAAGAUCACGUACGACAAGUUCUAGCAUAGAAGUUACAACAGAUCACAUACAUGCUGUCAUAUCACGUGUCCUGCGCAUAUCGUGGAAAAUCCCCGCUGAAGGAAGUGUAUUCCUACCGAAAACAGCGGCGUACACACUGGCGCAGAGUCAGCUGGACUUUAGUGAAAUUAUCAACCAGGCCUUGAUGGAAGUUUUGUGUAUAUUUUCGAAAGGAGAGGAUCCCUUGAAGGAUAUCGCGGUGGAUACGUCGUCUGAUCGACAGGACAGUCCAAAUGAUCAAGCGAGUCCUCUGCUCAGUCCUGUCGCGGCUCUUCCGUCUUACCAAUUGCCGACCAUGCCAUUACCUAUAAGCAGCAAAUCGUCGCAACCGAAAAGUUUAACUUACUUGUUAGACUGCUACUCAAGAGUCGCAGUGGAAGAGAGGAACCACCCAAAGCGAUCCAGCAUACCUCCCUUCUCUGACGUACUGACGAUUUUAAAAACGCAAUGUGUUCAGUACUCCAGUCUUGUUCUACAAGGAUUGGUUGGCAUUUGCGAAGCUUCAGUCGUCCCCAUGUGCACCACUUAUCUUCUCUAUCCGAUACUGUCCCAAAGCUUACCUCGAGGUUACCUUCACGAACUCGUAGCCAGGACACACACUAAUCAAAGUACUUUUAAUAAGAUAUUCACCCCGGUCUUACAAGGUCUGUAUCUCUCGAUGCAACAGGCGAGCUUAGUCGGCAACACGCACAGAAGACCGAUCGAGGCGCUAGAGGAACUAAUAGAAAUUCGCUGCGGUCCAAGCGGCAACAUACGUCCGAUAUGCCGUCUGAUUACAAAUCAAGAGCAAUUCUUGCCCGCUAUUAUGACGCCAGCCGCAGGCAGAGAACUUACGAGAACAUCGUUUCUGGGGCCAUUUCUCUCGGUGUCGGUAUUUGCCGAGGAGCAGCCAAAGGUGGCGGAAAAAUUUUUCAGCGGAAAUCCCGUCACGGAUAAAUCAGUGAAUCUGUCUUUGCAGCAAGAGUUGGAAAGCACCCGAACUUCAUUGCACAAGAUGUUUCACGCGAUACUUGCGAAUAGCAACUGCCGUGAUGCCACUUUAACGUACUUGGCCGCGUUACUACGUCACAAUGAGAAACGCGCGCAAAUACAGACCGAGGAGUUCUCCCUGGCCGGGGAUGGAUUUAUGUUGAAUCUACUGUCGGUCUUGCAAAUGCUCUCUGUGAAAAUCAAACUGGAUACCGUGGACUCACUGUAUCCAUUUCAUCCCUCCAGCUUUGUCGAGAUAAAGAACGACACAAGACUGAAACUUACUUCGCAGGAGGUCGCGGAAUGGCAGAAGCAUCUGGAGAAGACGCAUAAGUGGACGGAAUCUAAAUUCCCAACCCAGUGUUGGUUUUUGACGUUGCAUUGCCAUCACAUCGCGCUCUUACCGGCGUUACAAAAAUAUCAGAGAAAAUUGCGAGCAUUACGCGAUCUACAAAAGAUGCUCGACGAGCUGCAAGCUACAGAACCCCAAUGGAAAGACAGCCCCUUCGCAGAGCAUAACAAAGACUUAAUUAAACAAUGGAAACAGCAGCUGAAGCGAUUAGUUAAAUCUAAGUCGUGCGCGGACGCGGGUUUGAUAGAUCCUGUCUUUUUGAGAAGAUGCUUACACUUUUAUAUAUCUGUAGCCGAGAUUUUGUUGAGUCUUCUGACACAAACCACGCCAGGUAACCCUCUCCCUACACUUCCGCUUCCUCAGGAAGUUACGUGCAAGUUUACUGCACUUCCAGAGUGGUACGUGGAGGAUAUAGCGGAAUUCUUAUUGUUCACGCUCCAAUUCUGUCCUGGGGUAGUAGCAAGUAAUAUGGAUAACUCGCUUAUUACGUGGUUACUGGUCGUCGUGUGUACGCCGCAUUGUAUACGAAAUCCGUAUCUAAUUGCAAAAAUCGUCGAGGUCCUCUUUGUGAUAAAUCCAAGUGUUCAGGGAAGAACGGAGACCCUCCACGAUAAAGUCAUGGCACAUCCCAUAUCCAAGACAUUUUUGGCAUCAUAUCUCAUGAAGUUUUACACCGACGUUGAAACUACUGGUUCCAGUUCUGAGUUUUAUGAUAAGUUUUCAAUACGUUAUCACAUAAGUCUAAUUUUAAAAUCAAUGUGGGACAGUCCGGUACAUCGAGCGUCUAUUGUCAAUGAGAGCAAUAACGGCAAGCAAUUUGUUAAGUUUAUCAACAUGUUGAUGAACGAUACCACUUUCUUACUUGACGAGAGCCUGGAAUCUCUAAAGCGCAUACAUGAGGUGCAGGAACUCAUGUCAGACACUACCGCGUGGAGUGCGUUCUCCCAGGAACAGCAACAGUCGAGAACGAGACAGUUGGCUGCGGACGAGAGACAAGCCAGGUCUUAUCUUACACUAGCCAAGGAAACAGUUGCUAUGUUUCAUUAUUUAACGGUUGACAUUAAGGAGCCAUUCCUGCGACCAGAAUUAGUCGGGCGGUUAUGUGCCAUGCUAAAUUUCAAUUUACAACAGUUGUGCGGACCCAAGUGCAAAAAUUUGAGAGUGAGAAAACCGCAGAAGUACGGAUGGCAACCGAGGACGUUACUCAGCCAAUUGGUUGAUAUAUAUUUGCAUCUUGACUGUGAUAAUUUUGCGGCCGCUCUAGCUAGUGAUGAACGUUCGUUCUGUAAAGAACUAUUUGGAGAUGCUGCAAGCAGAUUAGGAAGAUCUGCGAUCAAAACUACCACGGAAAUCGAGAGAUUUAUAGCGCUCGCAGAGCGAGCGGCGAUAAUCGCAAGAGAUAAUCGCGCGCGGGACGCAGACUAUGGUGACGCUCCUGAAGAAUUCCGAGAUCCGUUGAUGGACACUCUUAUGGAAGAUCCAGUUAAAUUACCAUCUGGUAUUGUUAUGGACAAGGCAGUUAUCAUUAGACACUUACUCAAUAGUGCCACAGAUCCUUUUAGUCGGCAGCCACUUAGCGAAGACAUGCUUACCCCAAUGCUUGACUUGAAAGAAAGGAUAUCUGUGUGGAAGCAACAAAAGAAAAAAUCAACAAAUAUAUAAACUGUGCUAAUGUGACAAGAAUUUUACAAGCAAAUAUAAGAGUAAAUAAAGAAAGAGUUUAACAUCAUAGAGAAAGAAAAAGAAAGAAAGAGAUUAACAUACAAUCCAAUGUAAUUGUCAAUAUUGCACGACACAUUCUGCCAGACAAUGCAUCAAUCCAGUGCAGUUGAUGAAUAGUGCAAUGAUCUCGCUAUUGUGCAACAAUUGCGCUCAAUAAAUUUACAGUUUUUAUACAAUGAAACAUUAACACAGACUGCAGCUAGCGAACUGCCAAUAUUGCUCCAAACAUACUUUCGAAAGUUGUAAAUAAUUGCUGGCUAUAUGUCAGAAUCCAAAAUUACAUCAUUUAUAAAUAAGCUACAUUACUUUUUACGUCUUUCGAUGUAUGUGGCAGCGGGUAAGUUUCACAUCCCGCGAAAAUAGAAUGUUAAAUAGUAUAAACUAGUAAUAUGAAUGACUACUAUACACUUCUACGAACUCGACAUUUAAAAAUAAAAUAACAUUGACAUGAAAUUUAUAAUUUAAUUAUUUCAACAGUGUUCUACUAUUUAAAAAGAUAUCAUAUAUAAAAUUAUGAUAUAUUAUUUGGCAGUCCUCAUACACACAGAAAGAGGCAAAAUAGGGCAAAUAAUAAUCAAACUUAUUGAUUCAUUUGCAUUCUUUUAUUAAAGAUGCAAGGACAUUUCGAUUUAUAUAGUAUAUGUAUGAUGAUUUAGAUAUUGCUUCUUGAGUUCACUUUACAAAGAAGAUAAACUGUACUUUUUUACAGGUAAAUGCUGAUAAAUCAAGUCUAUAUUAGUUUAAAAUAUAUUUUGAAUCAUACUGGCUUUACUUUUAAUAUGAAUACUAUUUUACUUUGAAUACAAAUUUCUGUGACUUUUUUAUCAUGAUUUUAUUAUACAUAUAUGCACAAAAAUAUUUUUAUUUGCUAAUUUCCAUUGAUAUAAUGCAUAUAUGUAUAUGUGGUGACAUGUGAAUAAUAUGAUAUACAUUGUUUAUUUUUUUUCUCAAAUUAUUUCUUUAAGUAUCAUUUAUUAAUCAUUAUUUUAUAUUUGCAUAUUUUGUGCAAUAAAUAUACACAUAAUUAUAUAAUACAUUCCAAAGAGAAAUUACAAUACUUAAAGUACGUUAGGUACGUUACGUACGUAACGUACGUAAAGUACAUUAAUUGUGCAUUCUAUUCUGAACUGUUUUAUAUAGAUUAAAGAUUUAAUAUGUAUGUCAAUUCAUAUAUUUUUUUGAAAGUAAUAACUGCAUUUAUUUAGCGUCACAUUUAUUUUGAUAAUUAUCAUAUUUUUCCUUUAAUAAUGUCACACAUUGAUAACAUUAUGAUAAUAUUAGAGUAUGUUUUGUCAUUAAAUGUAAAUAUCAAUUUUAUGUAUUUCAUAUUUAACAUAUACAUUACGGUUAAAUAAACGGAUCGUGAUUUAAAUAAUCGAGAAUAGUUAUUGAUAUCAUGCCCGCAAACAUCGACAAAACAAAAGUUUGAUAUUUAAUUUAUGAUUUAAACAUCAAAAUUAGUCCAAAAUUUCUAACAAACCAGAUUUUUAAAAAAGUAAUUAUUAUUUAACGAUAUAAGUUAUAUAUCAUUUAUCAUACUUUGUGCAAUUAUUUUUCUAUGUAAGAAGAUGAAAAGAAAAGACUUGACACAAAAUUUAGGAAUUUUGAGAUGGUGUAUUUGGAAUUACAUUAGAUAAUGAUCAUUUUGGUAUACUUUGUAACAUAAUUAAAAUUGAACGGACGGACAGACAGAGAGCAGAGACGCAGACACACACACACACACACACACACACACACACACACACACACACACAUACACAGUUGAAGUAUUUAAUAAUAUAUUAAUAAAAUGCGAUAUAUGCUAUUUGUACAUAGAUUCAAAAAUAAAUUGUCCAAUAUUAUUGA